AUGGGAGAUAACCCCCACAACAGCUCAGAGAUGCCUUCUUUCAUCCUGACAGGGCUCCCAGGGCUGCAGACUUCCAAACACUGGGUGUUUCUGCUCCUUGGUACCUUCUACAUUGUCUCCAUUGUGGGCAAUGCCCUCAUCCUUUUCAUUGUCAAGGAGGAGCAGAGCUUGCAUCGACCUAUGUACUAUUUCCUGUCCCUGCUUUCACUUAAUGACUUAGGUGUGUCCUUUUCCACGCUGCCCACGGUGCUGGCCACAUUUUGCUUUUACUUACAGAAGAUCAGCUUUGAUUCUUGCAUGGCUCAAAUGUUCUUUAUUCAUCUCUUUUCCUUCACGGAGUCUGGGAUCCUACUAGUUAUGAGCUUUGACCGUUAUGUGGCCAUCUGUAACCCGUUGCGCUACGCCACAGUGCUCACUGAUGCCCAUGUGGCAUGCAUGGGCAUGUUUGUUAUCAUCCGCAGUUUCUGCAUGGUUUUCCCACUGCCUUUCCUUCUGAAGAGGUUGCCUUUCUGCAAGGCCAAUGUACUCUCCCAUGCCUACUGCCUGCAUCCAGAUCUGAUCCGCCUGCCCUGUGGCGACAUCACCAUCAAUAAUAUUUUUGGUCUGUUCAUUGUCAUCUCUACCUUUGGCCUGGAUUCUCUACUCAUUCUCCUCUCCUAUGUGCUCAUACUACGCUCUGUCAUUGCCAUUGCAUCUCGGGAGGAACGGUUAAAGACACUCAACACGUGUGUGUCACAUAUGUCUGCUGUGCUCAUCUUCUAUGUGCCGAUGGUUGGUGUGUCCAUGGCAGCUCGCUACGGGAGACAUGCCCCGCUGUAUGUGCACACAGUCAUGUCCCUCAUUUAUCUUUUUGUUCCUCCAACACUCAACCCUGUCAUCUAUUCCAUCAAAACCAAAGAGAUUCGUCGGAGGCUUUGCAAAAUACUACUGAGAACAAAGUUUUAA